AUGUCGCUGUCUAUUGAUGAAAUUAAGGCUAUUACUAAGAAAAUAACUUCAUCAAAUGAAAGAACUCAUUAUAAUAGUAUUAUUACACUAUUGAAUGAAUUUGAAUAUGAUCAGGAUACCUUUGAAGAAGAUGAACAUUUAGAACAAAAACUAAGAUUCUUAGUCGUAGCAUUGUUUCAAAUCUUUAAGAAAAUGUUUGCUCGUAAUGAUUUAUCGAUGAGCAAUAAACGUCAAGGUUCAAAUACCAAUACAUCAUUAGCUAAGUUUAAUGAAUGGUGUAGGAAAAUUUAUAAUAGUUUUAAAAUUAAGUUAUUAUCCGCCAUUAGUAAAUUAACUAUAGAGACCUCAUUAACUUUAGAUUGUUUAGAUCUUUAUAUGCAAUUAUUAGAAUUGGAAUCUGUACAUUUUGCAUCAAAGAAAGAUGCUCCAUUCUUCCCAAAUAAAACUUUGAAAGCAUUAAUGGUAGCAAUGUGGCAAUCUGAUAUCAAAGAAAAUGAAAUCGAUCCUUCUAAUGGGCAAUCUGCAAAUUAUAUUCUUUUAGAAUUUUUAGAAAAAUAUUAUAAACCAUUUGUUGAUAUUCAAUAUUAUUUCCAAUCUGAAUUUAAUCUAUUAUUAGAUGAAAAUACAGAGUCCGCUACUGUGGAUCAAUAUACCUCUAUGAAAAGUGCUGCCAAAUGGGUUACUUUAAUGAAUCAUGAUAGUCAUUUAGAUUCUACUACUGAUGAACUAGAAGUAUUUGUAUCAAAUCCACCACAAGCCAUUGAAAAUGAAUCUAAAUUUAAAUCUUCAUUAGAGAAAAAUUGGUGUAUUAUACUUAAUGGUGAAUUAUCAUUACAAUUAUACAAGACUAUCUUAACUGUUUUACAUAAGAGAAUUAUCCCACAUUUCCAUACACCAACAAAAUUAAUGGAUUUCUUAACCGAUUCCUAUAAUUUAUCAAAUGAUGAUAUGAAUCAAAAUGGUAUCAUUCCAAUAUUAGCAUUGAAUGGGUUGUUUGAAUUGAUGGUGAAAAAUAAUUUAGAGUAUCCAAAUUUCUAUCAGAAAUUAUAUCAAUUAUUAACUCCACAACUAAUGCAUGUCAAAUAUAGACCAAGAUUCUUUAGACUCAUGGAUGUAUUCUUGGCGUCAACUCAUGUGUCAGUUCAUUUGGUCGCAUCGUUCAUUAAGAGACUUGCAAGAUUAUGUCUGUCAGCUCCACCUUCUGCAAUCGUCAUAGUGAUUCCAUUCAUCUACAACCUAUUAAAGAAACAUCCAAAUUGUAUGAUUAUGAUUCAUAAUCCGAAAUACUUAUAUGAUCCUUUCCAAACACCUGAAGAACAAAAUGAAUUAAAAUUAACUAAGAGCCAAUAUAACGAUCCAUUUGAUAUGGAAGAACAAGAUCCAGAGUCUACAAAUGCAUUCGGAUCAUCCUUAUGGGAAAUGGACACAUUAACACAACAUUACCAUCCAAAUGUGGCAUCCUUAGCAAAAGUAUUCAGUCAACCAUUCAAAAAGAUGAGUUAUAACAUGGAAGAUUUCUUAGAUUGGGGUUAUGAUUCUUUAUUGGCUGCCGAAUCCUCAAGAAAACUAAAGAUUUUACCUGUUUUAGAAUACGAAACAUUUGAUUCGAUAUUGACAAAUGAUACUACCAACGAAGAAGAACAAGUUGCUGAUAAAUCGGUUUAUUUAUCAGACGUAGCAUGGUAA